AUGGACUACAAUUUACUUAACAUGGCGCAGUUGAAACAAGCACUGCAACAACUGAAUCUUAAGACGUGUGGCAACAAAGCGGAGUUAGUGGCCAGACUCCAGGAACUGAGCGGGGAUACGGUUAGACCAGUCAUAGAGUCGUUGAUUCCAGUGGAUACAGCAGGUGUCUCCAGGAGAGAUGAUGGUCAGGAGGAGCCGUCGAGGGGCGACGAUAGGGUCAGGACGCAAUUGGAAGUGCAGGUCAGUAAUCUGUGUAGUGUUGUGGAAUCACUGGCCGCACAGUUGCAGGCUCUUCGUCCAACGAUGCCGAAUGUUCCAGACGCCGGCACAUCUUUGCACGCUAGCAACGUACCGUUAUGCGAAGCGCACAUUUCACCAUGUACAUCGUACGCGCUGCCGCCGCAGCCACACAUGCGGUCAGCGCCGCCGCCGAUAUUCUCUUUGUCACCAGGGCAACCGAGUACUCCACUAACACAACAGUAUUCAUACCAACAGUUUGGUAUGCCCGUACAAACAACUUCAACGUUCGCUGCGCAGUCGCAUGCAACAACACAAUCAGUUGAUUACGCCAGAGCACAUCAUCUAACGGCGCCGUCUGCGUACAUGAACAGAGCAGUGCCGUUGCUGUACCCUCCAUGUUUGAGAGCAGAAGAAGCAGCGAGUUCAUCGGUAGCAAGAGAGAGACGCGUUUAUUCACCUACCGAAGUAGCAUCAGUGUUGCCAGAGUUCGAUCCAUGCGACAACAUCUAUUCAUCUGUACAAUUCAUCGAGAGAGUCGAGCAGCUGAGAGACUUGUAUGGUUGGGAGGACGCGUUGCUGAUAUUCUCCGUUCUCAGUAAGCUCAAGGGUGUAGCAAAACGGUGGGCUGACGCACAGCCUGUGUUCCGCGAAUGGCAUGAGUUUGUGAGUAUAUUCCUAACUGAUUUCCCUUAUGUACGAAAUUCCGCCGACGCUCAUAUUCGGCUAAUGAACGCAACAAUAGGAAGAGAGGAAAGUGUUAUCGAAUUUUAUUACAAAAUGCUCGCAAUGGGUCGUCGCGAUGGAAUCGAUGACUGUUCGAUAAUUCAAUAUACGAUUAAUGGGUUGAGUGAUGAUAACUUGCGCAAGACAUUAAGCGCAAUGCGAUUUGAAAAAUGUGCAGAUUUGUUGCAAUCAAUAUUGAAUAUAUCGACCAUUAAUAAGAGUCGCUAUAGUAGGUCAAAUGAAUUCGUUUCAAUGCGGGUUCCACAGCAAAUGCCAACUGCUGUGGUUGAAUCAAAUAGAAAUGGCAUUGGGCCUGUUUGCUAUAAUUGUAGGGAAAGGGGGCAUAUCGCCCGAAAUUGCAAGAAACCAAGAAAUAAAUUUAGUAAAGUGAACCGAACUGAGCAUGUAAAUCAGAUAGUGAGUGACGAGUGCAUUGAAGUGACAGAAAACAGUGGUGCAUCAGUAAACAAAAUUGUUCCUAGUAAAAAAUGCACAGAACUCCGUAAGGAUGUCAUUAUUAUUGGUCAAAAGUAUGUCAGCUGCAGUGCGCUCAUUGACUCGGGUAGCGGCAGGUCGCUUGUUAAGCGUUCAAUUGUAGGGAAGUGUGGUGAAAGUACAUCAACAUGUUUUGAAAAGCUGAUUGGUUUUGCGGGAGGUGAGAUAAUUUGCAGGGAAAAGGUGUCGGUGAAAGUAAAGUUUGAUAAGGUCACGCGUUUAGUUGAUUUAUUGGUUAUAAAUGAUGACGUAAUGGAUUACGAUGCCAUAAUUGGUAUUGACAUACUGUCAAAGGGAAAGGUGGUAAUUGAGGGAGGUACGUGUAGGAUAAUGGCGAUUGAAAGAAGUGACAUCGACGUAGGGAGUGAGUUGCAGUUUAGGGUUGAGCAAGAACUACUUGAGUUGUUAAAUACGUACGCACAUUGUUUUGGAGAAAGGCUAAUUGAGUUAGGGAAAUCGAAGCGGUUCAAAAUGGAUAUCCAGGUAACGUCACCGAGGCCGAUUUCGAAAAAGCCGUAUGGUAUCCCCAUUCCAAAACAACGUGUAGUAGAGGGUAUUAUUGAAGAGUUGCUACAGCUAGGGAUAAUUCGCAGGUCUUCCUCAUUGUACGCUUCACCAAUUGUGUUGGUGCGUAAGCAAAAUGGGGAGGACAGAUUAUGUAUCGAUUUCCGGGAGCUAAAUGCGGUAACAGAGAAACAGCCAUGGUUGAUGCCCACGGUAGAUGGAGUUUUAGCCACGUUGUCAGGCAAGAAAUAUUUCACGACGUUAGACCUCAUGUCAGGAUACUACCAGGUAGAACUGGAAGAAAGUGCUAAACGUUUCACAGCGUUUGUGACUCAUAAUGGCCAUUACGAGUUCAACCGAAUGCCGUUUGGGCUUCGGAAUGCGCCAUGCGUGUUUCAACGAAUGAUGUCACAAUUAAUAGAACCGUUGGGGGAUAGAGUGGUGUGUUAUGUGGAUGAGGUUGUUAUAGCGACGGAUACAAAGGAAGAGAAUGUGAGCGUGAAUUUUUUGGGCCAUGUGGUAGACGCGAAUGGUAUUCAACCGGGGGCUGUGAAAACGGCAGCCAUUAGAGAGUAUCCGACACCGAGUAGCCAGUUAGAUGUUCGACGCUUUUUGGGUUUGACGGGAUUUUUCCGCAAAUUUGUGCCUGGGUAUGCCUUGACCGCCAAACCGCUCACCCAGCUUACGAAGAAGAGUGCAGAAUUCGUAUGGACCACAUCAUGUGAAGAAGCGUUUCAGCAUCUGGUCCGGUCAGUGACAACAGCUCCAGUCCUCACCAUAUACGACGUCUCGAAAGAGCAUGAGCUGCACACCGAUGCUUCCAGUGUUGGCGUCGCCGCAAUUCUUCUUCAGACAGAAGCCAAUGCAAGUCUGCAGCCGAUCGCUUACUACAGCAGGGCGUGUACAGCCCAAGAAGCGAAAUAUCAUGCCUACGAACUAGAAGUGCUUGCUGUUGUGGAAGCGUGCCAGCGUUUUCGUGGAAUGUUCCUGUUAGAAAGCGCUUCAAUAUUGUUACUGAUUGCCAAGCAAUAA